GUGCAGUGUUUGUGAGAGGCGCUGCGGUUCUUCCUCCGGCCUGCAGGCGGCGACGGCGCGUCUCUCUCCGGCUCUGACUGCAGAUGAAGUGCAGUAUGGCGGAGCGACGCUGAAACACAACAAACCUGUGCGAGAAACAUCGGGAUAAAACCCCGAAAUCCUGCCAAUCCGGCCGCUCUGCGAUCAUAAUCACACUCGGACCCGCGGCUCGAUAAUCGCGCUCUUUCUGUUUGUCGCCGACGGUGUUUUUGUUUCGUCGCGACGCUUUACGAGCCCAUAACAAGGCAAGCUAACGUAUCAGUCUUUCAUUUUCACCUUUAUUACGCAUUUAAAAUACAUUUAAUUCUUCAUUAAACGGCUUCGGUGCAGAAAUCACAACACCGCAGGAGUGGAUGUAAAGGCUUUAUUUAUUAUUUCACCGAACGGUAAAACGAUGGAGAAAAAGCAGCAUAAAUCAGACAAACAUCACCGCCAUCAUCAUCCUCAUCCUCUUCCUCAUCCUCAUCCUCACCAGUCCUCCAGCAGCAGCAGCAGCAGCAGCGGGGAGUCCGGCGGCAGCAGCCCGGCUCACGGGGCGCCCAGAGCGGCCAACGCCUUCGCCAACGACGGCAGCUUCAUGGAGCUGUUCAAGAAGAAGAUGGAGGAGGAAGAGAGGAGGAAGAAGAGAGAGGGCGAGGAAGAGGAGAAGACGAAGAGCUCUCCCGCGGCUCCGGACAAGAAGCCGCUAAGCGCGAGCAGCUUUGUGGGCAAGCGGAGAGGAGGCGCGAGACUGGCCCUCAAGACCGGGAUGGUGGCCAAGAAACAGAAACUCGACUCCGAGGUGAGAGGCAUGCUGUUCGGUCACGGUUAUUAGCGAUAUGAAUAAAAUACGGAUUACUAUAGUUUACAUUAUGAGGCUAUAUGGAGAUUCAUACAAAUAACGUGUAUACAACAGGGGUCUCCAACCUUAGUGAAAACAAUAGAAAAGCGGCUGAGAGCCACCCAUAUUACACAAUACUUAAAUCUCUUGAAUAAUUAGUAUAUCAAAACAAACUGUUAUACACGGCAUUGUUCAAAUGUGCUGGACAUAUUAAAUAAAGUACUGAUACACACACUGAAAUCAUUUGACCAAGUUUCAUGACUAAAGCCAACAAAUAAAAUUAGCAGCACACUAAUGCACUCUUUGUUUGCAUAAACGGUGAAAUAUAAACAUU